AUGAAUCGAUUUAACAACAACGGUAAGGCGGUAUGGGGAUCGUCACGGCCCAACUCAUACCCUAAUGGUGCGCCGCGCCGUCAACAACCGGUUGAUCGUCGCAAUUUUGGCAGUUCUCACAGAUCACAAUUGGAUGAUGAGGAAUUGGAGGGCCGCCACUUGGAGGAAAUUCAACAAGACGAUUCCGUCAGUGGCAAAUUGGAUAGGGUAUUGGAUCGCCUCGACAAGUUCGACGCGUGGAAAGACGAGACCGAUCGCCGAGUUGGUUAUGGGGAUCCGAUUAUUUCGCGUGAAACAGAGCCGCCAUCGGGUUUCGACGACGGAGAUGAUUUGGGGGAUGACGGAUUCAGACGUGGGAGAUACGGUGACAUGGGUUUUAAUUCACGGCAAUCGGGGGGAGGUUUUCGGGACGGCAUGCAGAUGGGUCGGGGACGCCGCGGAGGCAGGGGCCGCCCGGGAUCGUGCUGGGACCCACCAGGGAAUAUGCAGACCCGUACUCGUGGAGUAGGGUUUGAUCAGUCGCAGGAUAGACCGACCACGUGUUGGGAUCCUCCUCAACGUUUCCAACCCCACAUGUCGGGUUAUGACCAACCGGAUAUCCAGAGUCCAAUAUUACUUUAA